UCCCCAAGGGUGAUCCGCACUAAUGAUUUCUGCCCACUCGUGCCUUCAACGCCCGCAAGUCCCUGCCUCCAACGGCCCUGAAGCAUUCUGGGGAACUCGGAGGGCCGAGAAUAAUAAUGGCAUUAUGGCCUUGCUGGCUGACGCUUAUCGAUGCCAUCCAUUCCUAAAUUACGUCAUUUUAUCCGUCCAUUACCGUCUCGGUCGACCUGCAGCCUGUACGACCAUCCCGGGACUAUUGGCUCUUUGGUCCGGAUGGAUCGGGAAGGACUCAUGCACUGUACAUCAAUUUCGGUCUCGGGUAUGGGUUCGAGGCUGUUGAUCCUUCACCGUGGCCAAGAACCAAUCCAUGUUCGAGGCCGCAACCUAUGCGACUGGAUACUGUUCAGUUGUUCAGUUGACCAUAACAGUACCUCUCUGGGUAUAACAGUCUCAGAAUCAGUUGAUAACUUGAUUAAGAGGUUCCAAAGUACUGAGGACCCGAGCGGUGCGUUGGAAUGUGCAGAUAAACUGCUCUUCCGCUUGCACCAACUGUUUACUCGCAGAUCCAGGAUUUCCGAUCGUCCACUGUUCGUUGCCUUAGACUGCGACCUCUAUCACAUUGUACCUCUCGUUAAACCACAAACUGAACCCAUUUAUCCAAAUCAGCUCUCGUUCGACCGUGCAACAACACUUCAUGAACAGUCACACCCAAGCCAAGGCGCCAACUGGCAUCCGGUUCCCUGGCUUUGGCAUUAGCACUGUCGCACAAGAACCCGGCCACAAGAAGAUCGCCAUUUCGCAAGAUACCCAGGCGUUUGUCUAGAACAACCAGAAACACCCAUAGCGUAGCAUUGGACCUGGUGAUGUAGUAUUCGUGUGAUAAUCAGUCGUGCUUUUGCUUUGCUCUGCGACCUGGGCUCCUGGGCUCCUGGGUCACCGUUCACGGCUUGAUUUGAUUUCACAAUCCAGCCAGUGAAGCCAUCAUAUCGUGCCUCCAGCAGCUCUAUGUGC